UCUAAGUUUCCUUGGCCACCUGGCUCCCAACAGGUGCUGUGCAAUUGCACACAAGCCCUGGACUUCCUGGAUCAGUGCACUGCAUGGACUGCGGAGUGCCUGGUUGCAGGCACAAAGGAAGGAGAAGGUGAAGGAGCUUCUUCCCCCAACCCACCAAAAUUAAUUGGGGAGGACAGAGAAACCGAGAGACCCAAACCUUCCAAUCCAGCCUCUAGACCCCUCAGUUUCUUCUCCUUUAAAACAACAGAUGAACAGGUGAAGCGAAAGAGGAUCCACACCCGGAACUCUUGAGGAGGAAGGAGCUGUGACCAGAAGAACGGAUUCUUUUUCAAGCAAAUGUACCGUAUUUGCAGCUGUGCAAGGCUAUCCUUCCACAAACUCAUGAUUUUUGCUUGCUGAGGGUUUUUUUCCCCUUCUUGUUGUUGUUGUUAAUUGCGAAGUCGUGUCCGACCCAUCGCGACCCCAUGGACAACAUUCCUCCAGGUCUUCCUGUCCUACGUCUAUAUAAAUGAAGAAAUGUAACAUCUCCCCCAGCCAUUAGAUUGGGAUUAUAUAAUAAUGGAAAAAAGCAUCGAAGUAGCUUUCCAGAAACCGUCUAACAUCCAAAUAACAAGAGAAUUAACAGCUAGUUGAAGAAGAAACUUUAAUACACGAGAAUCCAGAUGUUACAGGUGUGAAAUCUGAUUGGAUAAAUGGGGUCAACCCCUUGUUGCUGAUCGGUUGCUAAAAGAAGGAAAGAUUGUGGAAUGUGUAUUAUUAACCUGUCAAGACAAAUAUAUAGCAAAUUCCCAUAAUCUGAAAUUAGAACACUAUUUUGCUGACUGACUAAAAAGCGGGAUUUAUGUCUAUCAUUCACUGGCCUUUCUCGGAAGUUUUUCUCCAAGUGGCUUUAACUGGCUGGAAACUAUGAGAAUUUCUGAGUUUCACAUGACUCAAGAAAGCAAGUUUGCUUUGGCUAAGAAUUGAACAUCGUUUAUUCGCUUCAGGAAAGAAAAUACAAUAGAUCCAGAUAUAUUUCUCAAUUGCUCAUUCAACCAGAUAGUUAGUAUAACAAAUAUCCCAGAAAUUAAUGAGUGUAGAUUAUUUUAUUUGUUGAUUGGUUGCAGAUAAUUUCUGAUUCUUACCUAGCUCCUAGAAAGUGCUUUUUUACAAUCAAUAGUUGGGUCCAGAAAAUAAUAUUAUUUUUUUUAAAAAAAAAAAAGCUUUUGAUGUGUUUUUAUGAAUGUAAAUGAGCAGCUAUUUACUGCAAGUGUGGAAACAUCUGAAAAGAGAAAACUGGGACUUCUUAGAAUAACCUAUUAGGAAAAAAUAUUUGGACUUUAUGGAGACAUAUGAGUCUUUUUACAUAUUGCAGAAAUACAGACUGUUGUCAGAUAUUGUGGGGCGAGUAGAAUAGAAGGUCUGGUUAAAAAACAGAGAAACGUUCUCAUGAUGUUCUUCCAUGUAUGUCUAAGUAAAACAAAAUAUUCUGAUCUGUUUUAGAAUUCCAUUAUGAAAGCCUAAUGAAUUUCUGCUUCCAGAUGUCCUCUUGACCCUCUAGAUCCAUUUUCUCAUUCCCAAAUUCUACAUUUUCUUAUUCACAUGUUGCUCCCCUCAAUCUUGGCCUCUUCCCCAAGGUGCUGACCUCUUUCACUUUCUUUGCUUCUGUUCAUCCCAGAAUCUAAAUAUUCUUCUUUCUGUACUUGGCUCAACCAGCUCUUUCAAUGUCAUCAUCUUAUCCGAAACCUUCACAAAUUAACUGUGUAGAAGGAGAUUAGUAACUUGAGAUUUGUGUAGCCAAAUCCAGGGUUUAGAUCAAUUCUUCCAUCAUAGCUAUCAAUGAGAAGGAAGAGACAUUGCAAAAGAAGGGAUUGCAGGCAGAACUUUGUGGAUUUCCACAGAAUUGUUUAGGAAGUGCCACAGCUAAAAUUGUAUAUCCAAAUUAACAUGUAAGAAGAUAUUGUGGUUUUGUCUUUCCUUUCUCUUAAACUAAUGCUGUCUUUAUUACAGUAUUUAUUUCACAUUUUAGGGCACUUGCCUGCACCAUAUUAGGAAAUGAUUGCCAGGAACACACCCAGAUACUUUUAUGGAUUAGAUUAAAACAUAUUUUCUAGGUCAUUAUUAGAAUAAGGAUUUAUGCUGUUAAUUCUCUCUAUUCUGGUACUGGAAUUGAGAUUUGAGAUUAAAAGAGUAUACUAUUUGAUCCUGAUGAGAUAAAAUAGGUCCUAAGGUGGCCAGUAACUACCUUUUGGAACUUUUUUUUUUCUUGCUUUGUUCCUUUUGCUUUUGUUUUCCACCAAACAAAUCCUGUUAAGAUGGAAACAGCAGCAUCACUAAUACUGUUUGAUUAGUAGCUAGCCAGCCUAGUCUGUAUUCUUUUUUUCUUCUGGUCAGAUGGCCUUCUAAAAUUGUUUGAAUCAAGGUGAAGGAUUAGAGGAUAGAGAAAUAAUAUAAUCAAGGAUGUUGUUACCAAUGUAAAACAAUAUUAAUAAGCACUUGGGGGACCUAUUUCCCUCUCGGGAGUUUAGAAAAAUAUUGGGAACAAGAAGUUAUGUUAAAGGAAAUGUUUACAUUAAUUUUCUAAGAUUUCGAAGCAGGGCCAGGAAGACUUGCUCCUGUCCAGCAUCGCAAAGGCUGGCAAAAAAGACAGUGACUUGCUAAAAUAGCAAAGAGUAUCCCGUGGGCACUUUAGAAUUGCAUGUUCUGUUGUCAAAGGCAAUGGCUGGAUCCCAGAUCCGCUGCCUGGAGAGCGAAGAGCCAUACAUUAAAGUAACUGAAUCAAAUCCUGAAUUUUAUUAUUGUGAACGUCAGCGGUUGGCCCUUGAAGCUCUACUUGCCAAUGGUGAGGAAGCCUUUAAUCAGUGCCUCUCCCGUGAAAAGCUGCGCCCCUUUCUGUCAGAGGGUGAACUGCAGGAAUUAAAGGCUACAGCAACGGCAGAAGAAUUACAGGCUCCCCCUUCAGGUGGAGUAGGGACUUACAGCUUUGGAACGAAGGGAUCUAGUCUCAGCUACUGGCCUCAGCGUUCAGAUGACUCACCCCCAGAUCUGGAGCUAGGGUGGCCAGACCAUGGGGCUUGGAAAGGAAUUACCCGAGCAGAGGUCUAUACCCACCCACCAGGAGAAGGAGCGCCACAUAUCAAGGAAUUGGUACGCAGCUGUAUCCAACAAGCCCAUAAGGUGAUUGCUAUAGUCAUGGACAUUUUCACAGAUCCUGAUAUUCUCUUGGAUCUGUACGAUGCAGCAAUUAGGCGGCAGGUACCAGUCUAUCUUGUGCUCAACCAGCAGCAUCUUUGCUCCUUCCUCUCCAUGGCUGAGAAAACUUGCCUUAAUGUCCGUCACACGGAGAACCUGCGAGUCAGAACUCUUCAUGGCUGUUCAUUCCAAAGCAGAAGCCAGAAACAGAUCACAGGAACUCUAAAGGAAAAAUUUCUGCUGGUUGAUGGAGAAAUUGCAAUUACUGGCAGCUAUAGCUUCACCUGGACUGAUGCUCGUUUGAACCGCCACCUGGUCACUCGCCUUACGGGAGAAGUGACCGAUGCGUUUGACCAGGAAUUUCGCACUUUGUAUGCGGCUUCUUGCCCCCUGCCAGCCCUGGAGAUGCCCCCUCACCUCCAGCUUGCUUCUGUGGCCCCGCUAUCUAGCACCAAUGGGCCAGAUGUGGCCCCGUACAUCAGUGUGUUGGAUGGGGUGCAGCUGUCCCACCGAAUUGCAGAACGACGCUCGGUGGCCCCUCAACCCGUGGCCAAGAGCCGGGCAGGUGAGUGGGAACUUGUAUUAGCUUCGCCGGCUACUGCUGAAGAACCCAUGUUGCCUGCCUCUCCUCCCAAAGCAUCACUCCGAAAUCGACUUGCAGCAUGGCGGGGUGUGGGCCAUUCUGGAGGGGGCCAACAGGGACCUCCUGAUGGGCCCAGCGCUCUUAGCGAUAUUUACAGGAACGUCCAACGAAACCGACUCUCCGCUGCUAAGACUACGGGGGCUCGCCCCAGUAAGUCCUUAUGGGACCUCAGCCGUUUGAGCCAGCUGUCUGGGUCCAGCACAAGAGGCUGGGGACGAAAUGGCAUAGAGUCUGCUGAAGAAGCUAAAAAAUGGGGCUAUCAAGUUACACCAGCAAAGGAGUUGAUGAAACACCGAGGCUCUGGCCACGUCCCAGAAGAACCGAGAAUGCCUUUUUACAUAGCCCAUGGGCGCAUGGUUCCGUCCCCUGGUUACAUACCCCUAGGAAGACUACAAGGACAACUAUACCAUAAGCCUCCCAAUAUAGGCCUUCCCAGAACUUGGGGACAUCUGCCAAGGCCUCAAUAUGGACAUCAGCCACGGUUCUGAAUUAUCUUUGAAGUUCUGAGACAAUCGGUGUGGGGGGGGGAAGGCAUAUCUGAGAUUAACCCAGGUCCAGCUAGAAGUAAUAGAGACAGAUGUGAUUCAACUGCAAGGAAGAAUGAAAGCUGAUUAGAAGCUGGAACUCCUAAUACAUUCUGCUAUAGACUUUUUUUUAAAAAAAAACUAAUGACCUUUCCCAUGGUACCUUUGCAAAAUUAGGCCCUGGACUUCCUGUUUAUAUGGUGACAAAUGUUUGUGAAUCCAAUCAAGCAAGCUGAACAUUUUUUUUAACGGGGCGGGAUGAAUUAGAAACCAGCAUGCAUCUCAGAAACAUUGUCAUGAGCUGUUCAAUCAUUUGUGGGUGAAGCUGGUGAAACACCCAGAAUCAAUAUUAAGCAUCUGGCCACCUUUCCCCCAGUACAAAUUGAUAAAAAUGGAAGUUACACAUGCAUUCCUCUGCUUGGAAUUAAAAGGGGGAAGUUGCUCUAUCUAUAUCAGAUUGUAUUUUAGACUCCCUUCUCCUAUCAAAGUAGGAUAUUGAACUGAAGGCAGGCAGAAAGUAGAAUGAGAUUUAAGGGAUCAGAGUCAGUAUAUUGAAGUUCACUGGUUUCUGAAGAAAUACAUUUAGAGAGGAGGAGUGAUGGACUGAGUGUUUACAAAUCUGUGGACACAAACAGAGAAAAAGGAGGAAAAAAACAGUGAUUCUGGGAAGCCGGUAAAUAGAAGAAAAAUGUGUCUUCCAUAAAGAUUUCAUGGAAGAUGGAAGAGUAAGGCCAUCUAGUCCUCUUACAAUCCACUUUAAAGUCUAUUACUGAACACUAUAUUAUAGAGUAAACACAGGGAGCAAAGCAGGAGUGUUCCCAGAGUAUGGUCAACAAAGUCAAGAUAGCAGUCACAACACAACAUGGGCAGAGUUUUGACUGCAUCAUCAUCAUCAUCAUAAAAAUGAAGUUGGAAAGGACCUUGGAGGUCAUCUAGUCCAAUCCCCUGCUCAGGCAGGAAACCCUAUCCCGUUUCAGACAAAUGGCAGUCCAAUCUCUUCUUAAAGAUUGAGUCCACCAUCUUGACUUUGCAGAUCCCCCUGGAGCAAAACUUUCAGGUUCUCUGAAACUCUUUGGCCCCACUCCCAAAUCCCAAUCUUUGAGCAUCUCAUGGAGAUGAAUUCCAUCAUAUCAUAAUUUUCCAUCUUCUCUUGAUGUGUUUGCAGGAGGAACUUAAUUGUACCACAAUCCAACGUCUUAUGGGAGUGGCAUGGCCUUCCAUUUGGAAACCUCAGCUAAUGUCAUCAUCUUAAAUUCUAGCCAAAAAAAAAAAAAAUUGCUAGGGAAAGACAAUACAAUAACUACAAAGAUAGCUCUAGGAAACAUCAGACUGAGAUACCUGAAUACAUUUAACUUUGAGAAGAGAUGAUUGUGACUGAGGAGGGAUGUGAUAAGGUCUGGAGACACUCACAAUCUGUUCUCUGCCUCUUCAAAGUGUGGGAUGUGUAACCGAUGGUCUUUAGUUACAAGAAAGCAAAUUCCAAUUUAAUUGCCAGGAAAACACCCUUAACAGGAGGUGCAAUACAACAAUGAACCCAUAUUCAAGGAGAACCUUGACAAUCUCUGUCAGGAAUGUCUUAUCCGGAUUUUUGCCGUGAGCAAAGAAUUGCUGCUUGGUUGUCUUUAAUGGACUCUCUAUAAUCCUGAGUUAAAAGUAUAGUUCUAGUGACAACAAGAGUCAGUUUGUUUUUAACCUCAUCCCUGCUUUGCACAAGACUGGAACACUUGAAUUCAAAUGUAUGUUCAUCAUUUUGCUACAUUUGACUGGCCCUAGUGCAGAGUUUUUCUCAGUUAAGAUAUUUUAGAUGCUUUUCUUUAUGGAUCAAUAAAAUUUCCUUUGCUA